GCAAUAAACCAAAUUACAUGGCAACCAAAUCAUACAGAUGACACUUUGUAUAAAAGAGUGGACAUGAUAUUCCCAGGAUGCUAGGUUGAGCAGACAGCUGCCAUCAUGCACGGUCUGCACAGCUUUCUGCUUAUUUAUGUGCUGGCAUGUCUUGGACAGCAGGCACUCGGGAGUGAAAUCAUUAAUGGGAAUAAAGCCCCUGAGAACACACUGCUGUACAUGGCAUCCCUGCAGGUAAAUGGCCGUCAUAAUUGUGGAGGAUUCCUUGUCAGCAAAGACUUUGUAAUGACUGCUGCACACUGUAAUGGGAACAGUGUUGUUCUCGGCGCCCACAAUCUCAGAAGCAAUCAAAGAGCAGUGAGAGGAAUUGCAAGGAAGUACAGAUACCCAGGUUAUGACAGUGUUGGAAAUGGGAAGGACAUCAGCUUCAGCUCAAAGCAAGUGUUAACUAAAGUCUGAUGGAGAUAAGUGAGUAAAUAUUUAUUCAACCCAGUAGAUCAAAUACAAAUUAUUUGUCUUUAAGCUAAAAUGCUCCUUAAGUGUAAUAUUUGCAACACUACAAACAACAAACAACAAACAAACCUUCCUUUAAAUGAUUCAUCAGCUCCAAAUUAUAGCUUCUGCUUAACUAAAGUCUUAAGAUAAAAUCAUGCUCAGAGAGACUGUUUUUAAUUUCUACCUCCUGAUUUUGUGUGUCUCCAGCUGUCUAAAGAAGUUCAACUGGGCAACAGGAUGCAACUUGCCAAAAUUCCCAGGUCUGCA